AUGAAGGUCACUUUUGAUGGGAUUGUUGUCAAGAGUAGUAUUGAAGAAAUAACAGAAAAAGAAAUCUACACAAGGGUAGAUAUUGUUGAUUUAGAUACUGAAAAAUGCCAGGAGGUGGCUGAUAGUAUAUUUAAUGCACUUAAACCUGAAGGAAGUGUUAAAGUUAAUAAAGGUAAAGAUUUACAGAAAUAUUUUCGAUUAGCUGGAUUUACAUCAAUUAAUAUUGAUAAUGAAGAUCUUUUGGCAAUGAAACCAAAUUUUUCUAUUUCAUCUAGUCAACCUUUGAAAUUACCAGAAUCUAAAAAAUCAUGGGUUAUUUCAGGUGAUGAUGAUAUUAUUGAUGAAGAGUCUUUGUUAGUUGAAGAAGAUUUUAAAAAACCAACAGCAGGAGAUCUUAAAGCUGAGUGUGGUGAUGUUCCAUCUGGAGGGAAAAAACGUGCCUGUAAAAAUUGUACAUGUGGUUUGGCAGAAAUGGAAGAAAAAGAACAGGAGGCAGUAUUGCCUAAAAGUUCAUGUGGAAAUUGUGCUCUUGGUGAUGCUUUUAGAUGUUCAACAUGUCCAUAUCUUGGUAUGCCACCGUUUAAACCUGGUGAAACAAUAAAACUUAAUACUGUUGAUGAUAUUUAA